AUGUUGUCCACGAUAGAUCUUUCAUAUUGCAAUUUUACUGGAUCAGUCCCAUCGUCGCUCUUCUCUCUUCCCUUAUUGUCAGUACUAUACCUUGCCCACAAUCAAUUCUCUGGUGAAAUUGCAUUUUCUAAUGUCUUGAGAAAUCAAUCCACAUUAUCCAGUGUGGACCUUUCAGAAAACCAUAUCCGAGGCAAGAUACCUAAUUGGAUUUGGAGUUCCAAUGAACUUUCUACCCUAAAUCUUUCUUGUAACUCCUUGGUAGCACUAGAAGCUCCUUUAUCUAUUUCUACAGUGCAAACUGUUGACCUUCAUUCAAACCAACUCCAUGGGCAAAUCCCAACUUUCCUACCACAUGCCAAGUAUCUGGAUUACUCGAGAAAUAAUUUCAACUCUAUACCAUCGAACAUUGGUGAUUUCCUCACAUACACACUGUUCUUCUCUCUUUCAAGCAAUAACUUGCAUGGGCUCAUUCCAGCGUCAAUAUGCAAUGCCUCAAAUCUUCAGAUUCUUAAUCUGUCCAAUAAUUCUCUGAGUGGCAUGAUUCCCCAAUGCUUGACUGCAAUGCGUGAUCUCAGUGUACUUAACUUAGCGAGAAACAACCUCAUUGGAUCUAUUUCUAAUGUUGAAGUUACUGAAGAUAGUUCAUUGCAAAUUCUAGAGAUCGGUGGAAAUCAGUUAGAUGGCAAGGUUCCAAAAUCUCUAGCUAAAUGCAUUAAGUUGGAGGUUUUAAACAUUGGAAACAAUAAUAUAACAGAUAGCUUCCCAUGCUUGUUGAAGAACAUUUCCACUUUGCGUGUCCUUAUUUUGCGCUCCAACAACUUUUAUGGAAGCAUUGAAUGUCUCAACACCAAUGGCACCUGGCCAGGGGUUCAAAUUAUAGACCUAGCUCACAAUAAUUUCAGUGGUGAAAUACAGGGAAUACUGUGGAGAACAUGGCGGGAAAUGAUGGCUACCGAAAAUGGUUCCCUAUCGACAAUUGCCUUUGGAUCACAUACAAAAAGAAAAACCUUGGCCUGGAUGACUGCUACAAGCUGCAGUCGAGUAUCUGAUAGAUCCUACCGUGGCUAUCAAAAUGUUGUUCCUUCUCGUGCACAUGAAUCUUGCCUUCCACAUUCAACUAAUAGACUCAGCCCUCGCUAUGCUCGUUCUUCUAAUGCAUAUGCUGGUUCUUCUAAUGCAGAUGCUGGUUCUUCUAAUGCAGAUGAUGGUUAUUCUUUAGAGUAUAGUGUAAGUGUAACAGUUACUAGCAAAGGUUUAGAGAUGGAACUCGUAAAGAUUCUAUCUAUCUUUACCUUGAUUGACUUCUCAAGCAACAACUUCAGUGGACCCAUACCCACGGAAAUAGGAGAAUUCAAAGCACUAUGUGUCCUUAACUUGUCCCGAAAUGCAUUCACGGGCGAAAUCCCAUCCAAAUUUGGUAACAUGCAGGUACUCGAGUCCUUGGACCUGUCACAGAACAAGCUGAGUGGGCACAUUCCACCGCAGUUGGCAGAGCUUACUUUUCUUUCUUUCUUGGAUCUCUCAUAUAAUCAACUGGUUGGCAGGAUCCCAACCAGUAAUCAGUUUUCAACAUUUCCACCAUCCUCCUUUACAGGUAACAAAGGACUACGGGGAUUUCCUUUGACGGUGGAUAACAAAGCAGGAUUGCAACCACCACCAACAGUGAAUGGAAGGCCUCCAAAUUCUGGACAUCAUCGUGAGGUAAACUGGGAUCUUAUCAGUGUUGAAAUUGGAUUUACAUUUGGCUUUGGAAUUGCUGUUGGGUCACUUGUGUUGUGCAAGAGAUGGAGUAAGUGGUAUUACAGAACUAUGUACAACAUCCUUCUCAAGAUAUUUCCUAAGCUGGAGGAAAGAAUUGGUAUUCAUCGAGGACAUGUUCACAUAAAUCAAAGGUGGUGGAGACGUUGA